AUGGCCGUGUUGCAGGGCGUACGCUGCAGCUGCGGCCUGUACGGGCCGACCGCGGCGGGGAGGCAUGGGGUCGCAGCAGGCAGCGAGGACCGAGAGGAUGGUGACGACAUGGGCGAGGGAGCUCGGUGCCUGGCGGACAUGCCACCGAUGACGAUCGUGACGUGCGACUUGGGGACGGCCCUGGUGUGGCUCUUCGGCCACGAGGGACCAGUGGCCAGCGGCGGCCAGCGGUCGCACUCGUCCGACAUCCUGGACCUGCUGGAGGACCUGAAGGAGAAGGCCGAGGAGGACUUGGCGGCCCUGAGGAAGGCGGAGACGAACGCCAAGCAGAACUACGAGAUGCUGAAGCAGAGCCUGACAGACGCGAACAACAACGACAACAAGGACAUGGCAGACGAGAAGGCCGCGAAGCAGGCGGCCGAGGAGGAGAAGGCCUCGGACACCUCGGACCUGGGCAUGACGGUGAAAGCGCUGGCGGACGCCAACGCCGCCCUGGAGUCCGUGAAGGGCGAGUGCAUGACGGUGGCGGCGGACCACGAGGCCAGCGUCGCGGGGCGCAACGCCGAGCUCAAGACCAUCGCCGAGGCAACCAAGAUCAUUAAGGAGACGAGCUCCGGCGCGGUGGCGCAGUCCUACAGCCUCGUGCAGGUGUCCGCUGGCCGCUCGCAGCUGCGCACCUCCGCAGACCUGAGGAAAGCGGAGGUCAUCAGCGCGGUGCAGCAGUUGGCCAAGCAGUACCACUCCUCCGCGCUCGCGCAGCUGGCGUCGCGCAUCCAGGCCGUGGUGCGCCUGGGCGGCGCCGCCGGCGAGGACCCGUUCGUGAAG